UACCUGAUCAGCUAUGAAUUCUGUUGUGGUGGAUCGUAACUACUCUCGUCUUCAGCGACGACGGACAGUCGUUUACGUUUUUCUUUGCGUCAUCUGCGAACUACUCGGCCUGGGUCUGGUAUUUCUCCAAUUGUACGGUGCUCACAGAAUAGACGAGAGGUACCGUUUCUGGAUGUCGAGCAGCUUUGGGAAAUCUAUGCGCCGGUACGCUUUCUGUCUUCCUCUAUCAACAGGACUCUUGGUACGCUCAUUCUUAAUUCGUCUCUGGCAAUCCUGGUUCAGUGGAUACACGACAGGAAGCCAUCAACUUGGAUCAAGACUUUGGUGGGACCGUGGUGGAUACUGACAGCUACUGUUGCGAUUGUCACGUUUGUAAUUGCAACAAUUGAAACUUCAAACUUUGGGACAACCGAAAUGUGGGCAACAGCUUCUCUUGCUUUGGUGGCUGCUGUUAUCUCCUACGUCCAAUCGUGUAUUGCCUUCUUUGCUGGACAUGCAUGCUGCUACUGCACCAGAAACGACAGCCAUUUUCAGAGGGACUAUAGUGAGGUGCAAUUUGUGCAGCGAAAUUUCUGAUAUGAUUCUUUCUAUUUGUGCAAGAUGGACGCUUUAGGCACUAACAGCUAUAGAUGUGACAUAGUCGGGUAGAUGGUUGCAUGGUUUGCUGAGAUCAGUUUUUUCGACUGGUUCUCUCUAUGGUGAUUAGUUAGCUACACCGUAGGUGUGUUCACUUACAAAAUAUUGUCUUGAGCGUGGCAAGCCCCUCCCUGUCGCGUGAGGCACGGUCAAGCUUGGACCUGGGCCUCAAAUGUACUGAAUUGAUGACCACAG